AUGGUGGCAAGCAGGAGAAAGAAAAAAAGGUUGGAUAAGGAAAAGAAACUAGAACAAAUGGUAUUGAAGACCUAUUAUGACUUUUCUAAUCGGGGUAGUUAUGGUGGAUUGGAAAGGUUACACAAAGCUACAGGUGUACCUGUCAAAAAACUCAAGGGUAUCACCCGAAAGAAUUUAAUAUACUCUUUGCAUAAACCGGUACAAAGACGAUAUACAACAAAUCCAACGGUAGCUAAUAGUAUAGAUCAUCAAUGGGCAGCCGAUUUAGCAGAUAUGAAAAAUUUAAGUAGAUACAACAAGGGGAUAAAAUAUCUCUUAACGGUUGUAGAUGUUUUAAGUAAAUACGCCUGGGUGGUUCCUAUGAAGAACAAAACCGGCGCAGAACAAAAACGUGCUUUUGAGUCUAUUUUAAAAAAGGGUAGAAAACCGUUACGUCUAUAAACAGAUAAGGGAAGUGAAUUUUACAACAAACCGUUUCAAGAAUAUCUCAAACAGAAAAAGAUCACUCAUUUUAAUACUCAAAGCGAUACAAAAGCUUCUGUGGUAGAAAGAUUUAACAAAACCCUCAAACAGAGGUUGUAUCGAGCUUUAACAGCUAAUGCUACUCGAAAGUAUCUGGAUUUUUUACCAGAUUUGGUCAAGGGUUAUAACGCAUCUGUACAUGAUGCUACGGGUGUAGCACCUAAAAAUGUCACCAUGUAUAACGAUGUAAAAAUAUGGAAGAAAUUGUACAGUAAGAAAUUAUUCGGUGUACCCAGUAAAAAUUAAAAAAAGCCAAGAUUGAAGGUGGGAGAUAAAGUCAUGUUGAGUAAGGUUCGUAGAACCUUUAAAAAGGGGUAUUUACCGGGAUGGACAGAGGAAAUAUUCAUCGUAGAUAGAGUAUUAAAUACCUAUGCACCAUCUUACAAGAUCAAAGAAUACGAUGAAACUCCUAUCAAAGGUACGUUUUAUGAGGAAGAGUUGCAAAAAGUUGAUAUGGAUGAUUAAGAUGCUUUUUUCCGGAUCGAAAAAGUAUUAAAGAAGAAGGACGGGAAAGCUUUGGUCAGUUGGAAAGGUUGGCCUUCCAAGUACGACAGUUGGGCAAACGAGAAAGAAAUAGUCGAUUUGUGAGAAUCAUGCUGGCCAAUCCAGAUACGUUUUAUCUCACUAUUCCUAGUGACGGGUAUGGCAACAUCUUUACAGACAAUCAUCCGGGUAAGUUUAAGGCAAAACUUGCCAAACAGAUUUUAUUACCAGGAAAACAAUGGGAGGUGGCCUUGACGGGUAUUUUGUUCCCAUCAACCUCAUUAUCAUCAUCAACGGUCUACGACGAUGUCAAUUACGAUCAACUGAUAUCCAAGGAUUUCAUGUGCGGUAUUGAACUUGACUUGGAUGCGAAAAACAGUAGUGGUGACAAAAUCGGCAGUACAUCGUGUUGGUUGAGAGGGCCAAUGAUGAAAGAUGAAUACCAGAGAAAAAGCAGUAUUCGAUUAGCUUCAAGGAAUGGUGUGGAUUUUUGUAAUAGAAUGUUCGCUCAAUUGAAUUACAAACUACAUAGCACCUUGCCUGAUGGAUUGAGUGAAUAUUUCACAGAAAACUUUUACAAAAACGGAAGAGCAAUACAUUUCAAAUGGCCAGAAUUUGAAUGGGAAAAUGCCGGUGGUGCCUACAGAUUAAAGAUAAACAAUGAAGGAGUCGUGAAUGGGGAUUACAAAUGGUUGAUGGGAAACGCCUUUUUAAUCCAUCUUGAUAUAGCUAAAGCAUUCAGUUUGGUGAUUCCUAAAAAAGAUGGUGGAGGAUACCAGCUUACUAGUCUUGUAAGUGCAGAACAUUUCAGAGAACCCUUAAGUCAUGUGAGUCUGGUGAACGGUGUUCAGAGAUUAUGGGAGAUCGUGGAUGGUGGAGGAUCGUUUCAACCAGAAGGAACUGCAACCUCUUCA